UGUGUUUCGUGUCAUGCCAGAACCGUGACUGCAAGACAUUCCUGUAGAUCGCUAGAUGAAUCUUCUUGUAGAAAGCUUCUUGCAAUGAGUCUGGUGUACGCGCCCUCUUAGCGCAACGCGUAAUUUCCCUAACGCCUACUUUUCUCGAACAUGUGCAAUUUUGUGUAUCAUGUAUCAUUUGUUUUGUGAGUGCCGUACAAGAAAGUUGAUUUUUUCCUUCGCGUCUUUUAUAAAACAAUCAGAGCAGCUUGUGAACAUUGUGGGACUGACCAGCCAGCAGCCUCUGGACAUUGAACUAGAAGUGCGCCAACUGCGAGAAGAAAGGAGGCGAAUUCAAAACGGACUGGGCCAUGUACUCGCCAUACUGAGCCAAAUUGUCAAUAUUGUGGUACCGGCAAAAACAGAGUUCCCUUUGCGAUCGGAGGAGCAUAUCGCCGUACUCAAUACGAAAAUAGAGGAAUCUCCAUUAAAGUAUGCGACGAUGUUCAGGAGGAUGCUCUGCCCAGAUGGUAUAUUAAAAAACUUGGAGCGGAUUUUCCACAAGGAUGUGCUGAUGGGGAGGAACUACGCCGGCACUGCAAAGAUUAAGGCAUUCAACAAGUACCGCCAUUUGAACAAUGCCAUGUUUAAAGCUCUCAAGACCGACAACUAUAGCUUUGAGGACUACAAGAAAGCUGUACGAGAGGCGUUUUUCAAAUUUAAAAAUAGAAAUUACAAGGCAUUGGCCAGGGCAAGACAAUUAGAAAUAUUAGAAAAUAAUAAAUAG